AUGGGCUCCGAGAUACCCAAGGGUCGUGCCAAUAUGACCGCGCCAACUCCACAGAAUACACCCGCCAACAACGCGCCAAUCUCCUCACAUGCACAGGCUCCUGGCGUAGGCAGCAUUGCGGAAGAGGAUCUUGACCGCGCGGCCGCAGCCAGCAUCUUCGCUCAGAACCCCGCCUUGGUGUCCAUGAUGCAGUCGAAGCUCAGCUCUCUGGUUGGCAAAUCGUCAGGCUACGUCGAAUCUCUGCCUGCACCGGUCCGCAAACGUGUCACGGGUCUGAAAGGGAUCCAGAAAGACCACUCGAAACUAGAGGCCGAGUUUCAGGAAGAAGUGCUCCAACUCGAGAAGAAAUACUUCGCCAAAUUCACACCUCUCUACGAGAAGCGCGCAAAGAUCGUCAACGGCCAGACCGAGCCCACCGAGGCCGAGGUGGAGGCAGGAAAGAGUGAAGACGAUGACGACGAUGUCAAGGAUGAAGACGUGAAGGAGGAGACCACCACCGAGGUUGCGUCUGGUAUCCCCGAGUUCUGGUUGUCCGCUAUGAAGAACCAGAUUUCUUUGGCAGAGCUUAUCACCGACCGCGACGAAGAGGCACUCCGCAGCCUCACCGAUAUCCGCAUGGAAUACCUGGACCGCCCUGGCUUCCGGCUGAUCUUCGAAUUCUCCUCCAACGACUUCUUCUCCAACACUACCAUCACAAAGACGUACUUCUAUAGAGAGGAGAACGGCUACGGCGGAGACUUUAUUUACGACCAUGCCGAGGGUGACAAGAUUGAGUGGAAGGCUGGCAAGGACCUUACAGUCCGGGUCGAGAGCAAGAAGCAGCGAAACAAGAACACCAAGCAAACUCGUGUGGUGAAGAAAACGGUUCCAACCGAGUCCUUCUUCAACUUCUUCAGUCCUCCGGCUGCUCCCGAUGAUGACGAUGACGAAGUCGAUGCCUCCACAGACAUUGAGGAGCGUCUGGAGCUCGACUAUCAGCUUGGCGAAGACAUUAAGGAGAAAUUGAUUCCUCGUGCCAUUGACUGGUUUACGGGAGAGGCUUUGCAAUUUGAAGAGUACGAGGAGGGCGAUGAUGCCGAGUUUGAUGAAGAGGAUGAUGAGGACGACGAGGAUGAGGAGGCUGAUGACUCUGAUGAAGACGACGAUGACGAGGCAGGCGGACAGCCAAAAAGCCAACAGAACUCGUCAGAGUGCAAAAACCAGUGA